UGGCGGCCGCUCCCGCCCCGCCUGAGGGGAGACGGUACCGCCUUGUCCCGCCCACAAGAUGGCGGCGGGUGGGUUCUUCCUGCGAUGCUGAGGGGGCCGGUUCCUCUCCUUUCCUUGGUACACCGGUCCCUGAGCCGACUCUGCCCGAGCGAACGGAUGCGGUGUCCCGCGAUGGAACUGGGCCGGCUGGAGUACCUACAGGCGCUCGUCACCGAGUUCCAGGUGACGGACAGCACAGAGGCCAAGGAGCAGGUGCUGGCGAACCUGGCGAAUUUCGCCUACGAUCCCAGCAACUACGAGUAUCUCCGGCAGCUGCAGGUGCUGGAUCUGUUCCUCGAUAUGCUCACCGAGGACAACGAGACCCUCGUGGAGUUUGCCAUGGGUGGUCUUUGCAAUCUGUGCUUGGAUAAAACAAACAAAGAGUACAUCCUGGAGGCCAACGGGGUGGAGCCCAUCAUCAACUGCCUGUCCAGCUCCAACGAGGAGACCGUGGUGUCGGCAGUGACCACGCUGAUGUUCCUGACGACGCCGCGGUCACAUGCGCAGACCACGGCACUGCCCGUGGUGGAGUGCAUGCUCCGCUUCUCACUCUCAUCCAACACACGCCUCAGUAACCUGGCAUCCAUCUUCCUGCAGGAUUACUGCAGCCCUCCACAGGUGGAGGAGGCCAGGAACCUCAGCAAGCACACAGCAGUGGGGAUUCCUCUGCCCAAGGACUGAGCAGGGCUGUGGAGAGGGGAAUUUCCCACUGUUCUGGCUUUCUGCUCAGCAGGUCAAAAGCAGCAUUAAAGAGGGGAGUUGGUCCCACCAGUGCUGGUGUUAACAAACAGGAUGGAACAGCACUAACAUGGCAGCUGGGCCAAGCACACAGCUAAGCCUGCAAGCAAAUAUUUAAAAUAAAGCAGGUCAUGGCUGCACAUUGGAAAGUACUUUGCCAAGUGUAGCUCAGCAUCCAGCUUGCACAAAUAAGCCUUCCCAGCAAUGAGGGGUGUUCUGCUCAGGUUAUUGGGCAAAAUUAUAUCCACUCCAGUUCCUGGCUAGUUGUGCUGCACCUCUCCUUCAGUGUCCGUGACAAGUGAUGCUAAGUGUCAGCUCAAGUCACUGAAAUGUCACAGAAAUUUAUUCCUCCUGCAGAGAAGGGAGUUUCCCUGCCCUGGCAGUUCACAAUCUCUCCAUCCCUGUGGCACUCGUUAUGGUAUCCUCUAAUCAGGGCACAGGCAGGAAGCUGGAGGAUCACUGCAUGGGGCAGGCUGUAGCUACCCCAUAAAUUAAGUGGUAAGUUUGUCUUUCAUUACCACUGGUGAGGAAAAAAAAAAAAAAAAAGGUUAAUGAGAACAGCUGUCUUGUAAAACCUUCUGUUAAUAAAACAUUAACUUAAA